CUGCCGAGCCUGCGGCCGACGGUCAGGGGUCCCCUGCCGAGGCCGGGCUCCCAGCCUUCUGAAGGGGGUUGCCCACCCCGCCAGUGGCAUCUCUCCAAGUGUGGUGGACCUGGGAGGAGCAAGGACGUUAAUCCCACACCUGCCCCCCAGCUUCCACGGCCUCCUGCUCCCCACCCCCACCACCACAGGAAGCAAGCUUUGUGCCGGCCCCAGUCUUGUGAAGUAGCCGCCCUGCCUGGGAGCAGGGUGGUGGCCAGAGCGAUGGUGGGAGCCCCGAAGAUGCCCCAUGGCUGCUGAGGGUGCUGCCCGGUCAGGGAGCGGAGUGGCGGGCAUGGUGUGCAGUCUCUGGGUGCUGGUCCUGGUGUCCUCCGUUCUGGCACUGGAAGAGGUAUUGCUGGACACCGCUGGAGAGACAUCUGAGAUUGGCUGGCUCACCUUCCCACCAGGCGGGUGGGAUGAAGUGAGCGUCCUGGACGACCAGCGACGCCUGACUCGGACCUUCGAGGCCUGCCACGUGGCAGGGGCCCCGCCAGGCACCGGGCAGGACAACUGGCUGCAGACACACUUUGUGGAGCGGCGAGGUGCCCAGAGGGCACACAUCCGACUCCACUUCUCCGUGCGGGCGUGCUCCAGCCUGGGUGUGGCAGGCGGCACCUGCCGUGAGACCUUCACACUUUACUACCGGCAAGCUGAGGAACCCGACGGCCCCGACAGUGUUUCAGCCUGGCACCUCAAACGCUGGACCAAGGUGGACACCAUUGCAGCAGAUGAGAGCUUCCCUGCCGCCUCGGCCUGGGCGGUGGGACCCCACGGGGGGACCGGGCCUCGGGCUGGGCUGCAGCUGAACGUCAAAGAGCGAAGCUUCGGCCCCCUGACCCAGCGUGGCUUCUACGUGGCCUUCCAGGAUACUGGGGCCUGCUUGGCUCUCGUGGCCGUCAAGCUCUUCUCCCAUGCCUGCCCCUCCGUGCUCCGCACUUUCGCCUCCUUCCCUGAGACACAGGCCAGUGGGGCCGGUGGGGCCUCCCUGGUGGCCGCCGUGGGCACCUGUGUGGCUCAUGCAGAGCCAGAGGACGAUGGCGGUGGGGGCCAGGCAGGCAGCAGCCCCCCCAGGCUGCACUGCAAUGGGGAAGGCAAGUGGAUGGUAGCUGUCGGGGGCUGCCGCUGCCAGCCCGGGCACCAGCCUGCGCGUGGAGACAAGGCCUGCCAAGCCUGCCCUGAGGGGUCCUACAAAGCCUUGUCCGGGAAUGCCCCCUGCUCACCGUGCCCCGCCCGCAGCCACGCCUCUGACCCUGCGGCCCCCGUUUGCUCCUGCCUCGGGGGCUUCUACCGGGCCAGCUCCGACCCUCCAGAGGCCCCCUGCACUGGCCCGCCUUCGGCUCCCCGGGAGCUUUGGUUUGAGGUGCAAGGCUCAGCGCUCAUGCUGCACUGGCGCCUGCCCCAGGAGCUGGGGGGCCGAGGGGACCUGCUCUUCAACGUCGUGUGCAAGGAGUGCGGAAGCCCCCAGGAGCCCGGGAGCGGGGGCGCUUGCCGCCGCUGCAGGGACGAGGUGCACUUCGACCCCCGCCAGAGGGGCCUGACUGAGAGCCGAGUGUUAGUCGGAGGGCUCCGGGCACACGUACCCUACAUCUUGGAGGUGCAGGCCGUCAACGGGGUGUCAGAACUCAGCCCCGAUCCUCCGCAGGCUGCAGCCAUUAAUGUCAGCACCAGCCAUGCCGUUCCCUCUGCAGUCCCUGCGGUGCACCAGGUGAGCAGGGCACCGAACAGCAUCACGGUGUCCUGGCCGCAGCCAGAUCAGACCAACGGGAACAUCCUGGACUAUCAGCUGCGCUACUAUGACCAGGCCGAAGACGAAUCCCACUCCUUCACCCUGACCAGCGAGACCAACACGGCCACUGUGACACAGCUGAGCCCCGGCCACAUCUAUGGCUUCCAGGUGCGGGCGAGGACUGCCUCAGGCCACGGCCCCUACGGGGGCAAGGUCUAUUUCCAGACGCUGCCUCAAGGUGAGCUGUCUGCCCAGCUUCCGGAGCGCCUCUCCUUGGUGAUUGGGUCCAUCCUGGGGGCCUUGGCCUUCCUCCUGCUGGCAGCCAUCACCGUGCUGGCUGUUGUCUUCCAGAGGAAGCGGCGUAGGACAGGCUACACGGAGCAACUGCAACAGUACAGCAGCCCAGGGCUUGGGGUGAAGUAUUACAUCGACCCAUCCACAUACGAGGACCCCUGCCAGGCCAUCCGAGAAUUGGCCCGGGAGGUAGACCCUGCUUAUAUCAAGAUCGAGGAGGUCAUUGGGGCAGGCUCUUUUGGAGAAGUGUGCAGGGGCCGGCUGCAGCCCCGGGGACGGCGGGAGCAAGCUGUGGCCAUCCAGGCCCUGUGGACCGGAGGUGCCGAGAGCCUGCAGAUGACCUUCCUAGGCCAGGCUGCAUUGCUGGGCCAGUUCCAGCACCCCAAUAUCCUGCGGCUGGAAGGCGUGGUCACCAAGAGCCGACCCCUCAUGGUGCUGACGGAGCUCAUGGAGCUGGGCCCCCUGGACAGCUUCCUCAGGCAGCGGGAGGGCCAGUUCAGCAGCCUGCAGCUGGUGGCCAUGCAGCGGGGAGUGGCCGCGGCCAUGCAGUACCUGUCCAGCUUCGCCUUCGUCCACCGUGCACUGUCUGCCCACAGUGUGCUGGUGAACAGCCACCUGGUGUGCAAAGUGGCCCGUCUUGGCCACAGCCCUCAGGGCCCAGGUUGUAUGCUACGCUGGGCAGCCCCAGAGGUCAUUGCCCACGGAAAGCAUACGACAUCCAGUGACGUCUGGAGCUUUGGGAUAGUGAUGUGGGAAGUGAUGAGUUAUGGAGAACGGCCCUAUUGGGACAUGAGUGACCAGGAGGUGCUCAAUGCAAUAGAGCAGGACUUCCGGCUGCCCCCGCCUCCAGGCUGUCCUCCCGGACUCCAUCUGCUUAUGCUGGACACCUGGCAGAAGGACCGUAUCCAGCGGCCGCACUUCGACCAGCUGGUGGCUGCGUUUGACAAGAUGAUCCGCAAGCCAGACACUCUGCAGGCCGGCGGGAGCCCCGAGGACAGACCGUUGCAGGCCCUUCUGAACCCUGUGGCCCUGGACUUCCCUUCUCUGGACUCACCUGGGGCCUGGCUUUCGGCCAUUGGACUGGAGUGCUACCAGGACAACUUCUCCCGGUGUGGCCUCUGCACCUUCAGUGACGUGGCUCAGCUCAGCCUGGAAGACCUGCCUGCCCUCGGCAUCACCCUUGCGGGCCACCAGAAGAAGCUACUGCACAACAUCCAGCUCCUUCAGCGGCACCUGAGGCAGCCAGGCUCAGUGGAGGUCUGAGGCCCUGGCAGGAAGCUGGGAACG